UCGAGGAGGCUGCCCUGUGGGUGCUGCCUUCCCUCUCCACCAGAUCCAGACGCCCAGACCAACCCAUAGACGGCUGUAAGGCAGGACUCGGCCAUGGCCCGGCUUUCUGGGCUGUUGCUCUGUGGGGCCCUGCUGGGCUUCGCUUGCCUGGACCCCGGGGUAGCCGUGGAGGUGAAGGUGCCCGCCGAGCCCCUGAGCACCCCCGUGGGCAAGACCGCCGAGCUGACCUGCAGCUACAGCACGUCGGUGGGAGACAGCUUCGCCCUGGAGUGGAGCUUUGUGCCGCCGGGGAAGCCCCUCUCUGCGUCCCAUCCCAUCCUGUACUUCACCAAUGGCCAUCUGUAUCCAACUGGUUCUCAGGCAAAGAGGGCCAGCCUGCUUCAGAACCCCCCCACAGGAGGGGUAGCCACCCUGAAACUGACUGAUGUCCACCCCUCGGAUACUGGAACCUACCUCUGCCAAGUUAAUAACCCACCAGAUUUCUACACAAAUGGGUUGGGGCUAAUCAACCUUACUGUGCUGGUGCCUCCCAGUAGUCCCUUGUGCAGUAAGAGUGGUCAGACCUCUGUGGGGGGCUCUGCUGCACUGAAAUGCAGUUCUUCCCAGGGAGCCCCCAGGCCAGUGUACAACUGGGUACGCCUUGGAUCUUCCCCUACACCUUCUCUUGGCAGCAUGGUGCAAGAUGAGGUGUCUGGCCAACUCAUUCUCACCAAUCUGUCCCUGACCUAUUCGGGCACCUACCGCUGUGUGGCCACCAACCAGAUGGGCAGUGCAUCCUGUGAGCUGACCCUCUCUGUGACUGACCCCUCCAAAGGCCGAGUGGCUGGGGCUCUGAUUGGGGUGCUCCUGGGCGUGCUGUUGUUGUCAGUUGCUGCAUUCUGCCUGAUAAGGUUCCAGAAAGACAGGAGGAAGAGGCCCAAGGAGACAUAUGGGGGCAGUGACAUUCGGGAGGAUGCCAUUGCUCCUGGGAUUUCUGAGCAAACUUCUGUGAGACCAGAUUCUAGCAAAGGGCUCCUGCAGAGACCCCCCUCUUCCAGCAGUGUGACGACCACCAAGUCCAAGCUCCCUAUGGUUGUCUGAUUUCUCCCCCUGUCCUUGAAGGGGAAUAUCAAGAAUUAAAGCCUUUGGGUAUCAUAUGGUCUCCCUCUUCUUUCUGCCGGCAUAGCAAAUUCCUUCUCACCAGUAAGAGACGGAAUGGGCUGGGAGUCCUAGAGGUGAUGCUGUAGGUGGGAAGUUUGGCUCCAAGGGAGUAGG